GAAUCACCACCUAAAUGUUGUUGCCAGAUUGCGGUCAAAAACUCCUCCAGGUUUUAUCCCCGUCUUUGAAUGUUUGCCAGUCAAGGGAUCAUUAGUCCAUGCACUGACCAUCUGAUGCAUAUUGCACACAAAAUUGGAAAACACCUUCUCAAAAACAGAUUCACAAGGUUCUGGGUUGAUACCGCGACAAGCACUUUUGAGGAGGAAAUUGACUGAAUUUUCCAAAGUUUGCCAGAAUUUCAGGUUGCAAAGAGGACUUCAAAUGACUUACACAUGACUCCAGAUUAUUCUUCACCCAGAAAAAUUCCUGUGCUUGAUUUAUGGCACCCUCAAACCCGGGAUAGAAGCCAGGCAUACAACGCAUCCAGCAAAACUGCCAAAUCCUAGUGUGCUUGCACGCCUGUGCAUAUGUGUGUGUGUGUGUGUGUGUGCUCUGUGCAUGCAACUGUCUCUAUUCCUCUGCCUCCCCCCUCCUCUCCUCCUCUCUCCUGCUGGCAUCAUCUCUCGCUCUUCAUCAGGGAUGGUGAGGGAGUGUUUAUGGUAAGUGCAUAAAACCACUUCUCUCUCUUCCUUCAAAAUAUCUCCUCUAAAAAGCCGUAGCUCCCCCAGAGUUCCUCCUUUUUUCAUUCGUUAUUCCCGUUUGGAGCUAUUCAUGGUGAUGCAUCACUACCGGCUUCUCUAUUACUGAAGAUCCAGGCGUCUGCGCAGAUUGUAAGCAGCCCUGUUCUGCUGUGGAUUCAAGCAUCUUCCUGCAUGGAAUUCAGGGCAUGACAACAUGCAUCACUUGUCGUUUCAGAGCAUGUGCUACAACUCGCACGUAAUGAUGGAGGACCAACAGCUUCCCGGAUAAAACCGGCAAACUAAAACAUCACAUCUCAAAUCAUGCAUUUAAGGUGGGUGGAAAGAUGUAGCUGAGGAAAAAAACGGACCAGAAUCUUGACCAAUCACAAACUCAGGUCAUCCCUGAAAGGGGCGUGGCCUGUGGACUACUGCCCAACAUGUCCAAGAAAGCACCCAGUGGGCGGGGCAAAGGGGAGCGCCCUGACGCCAUGGCAGCCCUGCAAGCAGCCAAUGAGGAGCUGAGGGCCAAACUCACAGAAAUCCAAAUCGAACUGCAGCAGGAGAAGAGCAAGGUUAGUAAGCUGGAGAGGGAGAAGUCUCAGGAGGUUCGUCAUGAGCAGCACAAGUCAACGGUGGUGGUGACAGAGUUAAAAGCCAAACUGCACGAAGAGAAACUUCGGGAGCUGCACAAUGUCCGGGAGACGCUCCUACGCCAACACGAGUCUGAAAUGGUGCGGGUCAUUAAGAUCAAAGAUGGAGAGAUCCAGAGGCUCCAGGCGCUUGUUAGUGCCCUCAGAGAUGGAUCCACCGAUAAGGUGAAGACCGCAUUGAUGGCAGAGGCACGAGAUGAGGCCAGGAGGAGUUUCGAAGGCGAGCGCAUGCGAAUGCAGCAGGAGAUUACAGAGCUGAAGGGGGUGAAAAGGCACAUGGAGGACGCAUUAAGUGUGGCUGUACAAGCCGACAAGACCAAAGCUGCUGAGAUCCGGAGUGUGUACCAUCUACACCAGGAGGAAAUCAACCGCAUCAAGAGAGAGUGUGAGAGAGAGAUCCGCAGACUGAUGGAUGAGAUUAAAGUAAAGGAGCGUGCAGUCUGUGGGCUGGAGAGAGAGCUCAGCACUCAGGCGGGGCACACGUGGAGGUUACAGCAGCAGAAACAGGCUGUAGAUACUCAGCUGGCCCUGCUGCGAGACUCCAGCCCCAGACGAGAAGGCCCUUACUCGCCAGACGCAGCAGAGAACACAGCUAACCCUGUACAGCAGUUGGAUGAGAAGGACGCUCGACGUUUCCAGCUGAAAAUAGCAGAACUGAGUGCUGUUAUCCGCAAACUAGAAGACCGCAAUGCUCUGCUGUCAGAGGAACGCAAUGAACUGUUAAAGCGUCUCCGUGAAGCUGAAAGCCAGUAUAAACCGGUACUGGAUAAGAACAGACGCCUGAGUCGCAAAAAUGAGGAACUGGCUCACGCAUUGAGACGCGUGGAAAACAAACUGCACUUCGUCACUCAGGAGAACAUCGAAAUGAGAGAGAAAGUGGGGACGAUACGGAGGCCCAGCUCUCUAAACGAUCUGGAUCAGAGUCAAGAGGAAAGAGAGAUUGAGUUUCUACGACUGCAAGUGUUGGAACAACAGAACAUAAUCGACAAUCUGUCCAAGGCUCUGGAAACAGCUGGAUACGUAAAGACUGUGAUUGAGAGAGACAUGCUGUUAAGAUACAGGAGGCAGGACAGUCUGCGCAGGAAGAAGCCCUUCAGAACAUGUAGGCCGGUGGUGGAGACGUUUUUUGGCUAUGAUGAAGAAGGCUCUAUAGACUCAGAUGGCUCUUCUAUUUCCUACCACACUGACAGAACGCCAUGCACACCCGACGAUGACCUCGAAGAGGGAAUGCUUAAAGAAGAAACAGAGCUACGUUUCCGUCAGCUGACAAUGGAGUAUCAGGCUCUUCAGCGAGCGUAUGCUCUCCUGCAGGAACAAGUCGGGGGAACAUUUGAUGCAGAGAAGGAGGUCAAGACUCGAGAGCAACUGCAGGCUGAACUGAUCCGGUAUCAGACCAGAAUAUCAGAUCUGGAGUGUGUUCUGAGUCAACAGGGACAGGAUAUGAAAUGGAUUGAGGAUAAACAAGCUUUGUACCAACGCAACCAGGAGCUUGUAGAAAAGAUUAAAAACAUGGAGACAGAGGAGACCCGACUUAAAAAUGAAAUUCAGGAUGCAAAAGACCAAAAUGAACUCUUGGAGUUCAGAAUUCUUGAACUUGAAGAAAGAGAGAGAAGAUCUCCAGCCAUAAACUUCCAGAACAUUCAUUUUGCUGAGGGCAUGAGUGCCCUACAGAUCUACUGUGAGGCAGAGGGCAUUACUGAAAUUGUAAUAACAGAACUGAUGAAGAAACUCGACAUUCUGGGGGAUAACGCCAAUCUGACCAAUGAGGAGCAAGUGGUGGUUAUUCAUGCCAGAACGGUAUUAACCUUAGCAGAAAAGUGGUUGGAGCACAUCGAGGUCACCAAAUCAGGAUUACAUCAGAAAAUGUUGGACAUUGAAAGUGAAAAGGAGCACUUUAGCAAACAAAAAGGAUAUUUAGAUGAGGAGUUGGACUACAGGAAACAGUCUUUGGAUCAGGCACAUAAGCGUAUUCUCGAGUUAGAGGCGAUGCUGUUCGAUGCUCUGCAACGGGAAGAGACGGGCGGGAAGGUAUCUGAGCUGCUGACAGAGCAGGAUCGUGAUUCGCUGAGAGAAGCUGUCAAUCAGUGGAAGAGGCAGGUCCUCAGUGAAUUACGAGAGAGAGAUGCUCAGAUACUCAGAGAGAGGAUGGAACUGCUACAACAUGCUCAAGUGAGAAUAAAAGAGCUGGAAGAAUGGAUAGAGACACAAAAACGACAAAUAAAGGAACUAGAAGAAAAACCUUCAUUCUUUGGUCGUAGCUCUUCCUGCAAGCAAGAAAGGAUGUUGCGUGGCUUAGUGGACCCCGGACACAGGCUUCAAGUGUUCUAUCUUCUGUAACAGAGGAGCGGCCGCACUUGUGUCAUCAGAGGUCCCAGCCGUCAAUUCUGUGCUGAUACGAGACUUUAAACUGUUCACAUCAACUUAAACUGGCCUCUUCAUGAUCUACGGCUAAUGGAAUAUGGUGCUGUCUCUAUCUUGUGGACUCAAACUGUUUUUAUCCUCCUGACCUUUUAAACUUUGCUUUGUGUGACCUCUUUGCGUGUGGAAUUUAAGGACUCUUAAAUUGAAAUGCUCUCUCCUUUCCCUGCCAAGCAGGUGGCUGCUGGAGGCUGCUUCCCUUUGGAAGCCUGAUGGAAUGAGAGGUGUUACGGUAAAAUCCUUCCUCCCACUGUUUACACUCACUCUACUUUGGUUCCCGAUGGCACGUCAUGGUGCUGGCAUGGUGGCGCUAGUCCCUUCCUGUGCAAUGUUAGAAAUGGACCUGAAAUUUAAAUGUUGGAAUUAAAUCAUGUCUGGUUUUCUAAUGUAUAGGAGCAGUAUUUCAAAUAAAUUUAUCAGAGGAAGACUGAUAA